AUGGGUGCCGCCCCCGCCCUCGCCUCCGCCUCCGCCUCCGCGGGCUCGGGCUCGGGCUCGCAGACUUACGCGGGCCUCGUCGAUCCGUCCGCCGUGCCAUGGUGGAAGAACCGCCGGUUGCUAGCGCUGAACGGGUGGAUCGCGCUCCUGCUGAUCACAUCGACCACGAACGGAUACGACGGGAGCAUGAUGAACGGCCUGCAGUCCCUCACGCAGUGGGAAGACGCCUUUAAUAACCCCUCCGGCGGAAUGCUCGGCCUCCUCAACGCCAUCCAGAACAUCGGCUCGCUCUGCGCGUACCCCUUUGCGCCGUACGUGACCGACGGCCUCGGCCGGCGCCCCGCCAUCCUCCUCGGCGCGGCCCUCAUGCUCGUCGCGACCGCGCUCCAGAGCGCCGCGCACUCCGUACACAUGUUCAUCGGCGCGCGGUUCCUGAUCGGCUUCGGGCUCACGUUCGCGGCGUCCGCGGCGCCGCUGCUCGUGACGGAGAUCGCGCACCCGUCGCAGCGCGGGCAGGCGACGUCGCUGUAUAACUCGCUGUGGUCAGUCCUCGCUCCCCGCAUGCCUUCCCUCACCUUCGGCACGUUCACGAUCCAGAGCAGCUGGGCGUGGCGCAUCCCGUCGAUCCUGCAGGGCCUGCCGUCGGCGGUGCAGGUCGGCCUCAUCUGGUUCUGCCCCGAGUCGCCGCGGUGGCUCGUGAGCAAAGGACGGGAGGCGCAGGCGCUCAAGACCCUCGCGUACUACCACGCCAACGGCAACGCGCAGGACCCGCUUGUGGAGUACGAGUUCGAGGAGAUCAAGGCGGCGAUCAAGCUCGACCGCGAGGUCGCGGCGGACGUCGGGUGGCUGAGCCUCGUCCGGACGCCGGGGAACAGGAAGCGCAUGCGGAUCAUCGUCGCGAUCGCCUUCUUCUCGCAGUGGUCGGGCAACGGACUGGUGUCGUACUAUCUCAAGCGGGUCUGCGAUUCGGUCGGCAUCACCGACCCUACAAUGCAGCUGCUCAUCAACGGCGUGCUCAACAUCUGGAACUUCUUCGUCGCCGUCGCCGCAGGGCUGCUCUGCGACAGGGUCGGCCGCCGGCGGCUGUUCAUCACCUCCACCGUCGGGAUGCUGGUAUUCUGGAUCAUCCAGACCAUCUGCUUCGCGGAGUACUCGAAGCACGGGAACCCGGCGACCGGCCGCACGGUCAUCGCGAUGAUCUUCGUGUAUUACGCCUUCUACGACAUUGCGUUCACUCCGCUCAUUGUGUCGUACUCCGUUGAGAUCCUGCCGUUCGCCAUCCGCGCGAAGGGCUUCACCGUGUUCAGCUUCGCCGUCUCGCUGUCCCUGAUCUUCAACCAAUACGUGAACCCCAUCGCGCUGAACGCCCUCGGAUGGAAAUACUACCUGGUCUACGCCUGCUGGCUCGCCUUCGAGGCUGUAUUCGUCUUCGUCUACAUCAUCGAAACCAAGAACCGCACGCUGGAAGAGACAGCCGCGCUAUUCGACGGCGCGGACACCGUCGCGCAGAUCGCGCAGCAAGCCGCCGAACAAGCGGGCACGAGCACGAGCACCGAGCGCGACAGCCAGGAUCCGGAGAAGCACGGCGGGAGCGUGGAGAAGGCAGAGGUCGAGACGGAGAGCACGAGCUGAGAGCGCCGGCGGUGGACGGCUUGGGUGUCGUCAUGCUUGGGGAUAUCGGUGUUGGCGCCCCCUCCGAUGGGCAACUAAUUUUUGGCUUCUGCGUGCAUGGUUCUUUCCCUCUCCCGGGCCCGAGCUCAAGUCCCUUCAUCAUUGUGUAUUAAAUAUUCGACGUGCGAUGGUGGUGUACAUAUAUCUGCGGACUCGAGGACUCUGGCUAUUGUAGAGAUUUUUUUUAGCUG